CCAGAGCCCACCUCCCGAUGGCCAGUCAUCGGCCAUCUCCCAGUCCUCGCCGGACCGGAGCUCCCCCACAGAGCACUCGCGGCGUUAGCAGACAAAUACGGCGCCGUAUUCUCCCUCCGCCUGGGAAUCAACAGCGUUGUGGUAGUCAGCAGCUCGGAAAUCGCCAAGGAACUCUUCACGACCAAUGACACGGCCGUGAUCUCUCGCCCGGCAGUAACUGCCUCCAAGCUCUUCUCCUACAACUUCGCCAUGUUCGGGUUGGGCCCGUACGGAGAUUACUGGCGGGAAAUGAGGAAAAUAACGAUGAUCGAGCUUCUAUCAACCCGCCGCAUGGAGCUUCUCCGGCGAUUCAGAGAAUCCGAAGUCCGGAAGUCGAUUAACCAUCUGUUUAAAGUAAUUGGGGAUAAUCCUGAAAUCGAUCUGAAGAAAUGGACUGGCGAUUUGAGCCUUAACCUAAUGUUGCGAAUCAUAGCAGGGAAGAGCUCCUCUGCUUCCGACGGCGCCGUUUCCCUGAAGUUCAAGACCGCCGUGAGAGAGCUUUUCCACUACAUGGGGAUGUUUGUCGUGGGUGACGCUCUCCCGUUUCUGGGUUGGAUGGAUAUCGGCGGCCAUCAGAAGGAGAUGAAAAGGGCUUUCGGAGAAUUGGACGGGUACCUUCAGGAAUGGCUGAUUGAACACAAGAAAAACAGAGCAGAAAAAACAGAGCAUGAUUUCAUGGACGUUCUGCUCUCCGUUCUCGACGGCGAAUCUCUCCAUGGAUACGAUUCUGAUACGAUCAUCAAAGCCACGUCACUGAGCAUGAUUGCAGGGGGAACGGAUACGAGCACCGUCACGGCGACGUGGGCGAUCGCUCUUCUACUAAACAACCGGCACGUACUCCGCAAGGCUCAGGAGGAACUCGACGGCGUCGUCUCGAAGGAAAGAGUGGUGACAGAAGGGGACAUCGGGAAGUUAGUUUACCUGCAAUCAAUCGUCAAAGAGACGAUGAGGAUGUACCCGCCGGCACCUCUGUUGGCGGUGCGGGAGUUCGUCAGGGACUGCGACGUGGCAGGUUACAGGGUGCGGAAGGGCACCUGGCUGAUGGUGAAUGCGUGGAAGAUUCAGAACGACCCGAGUGUGUGGCCGGAGCCGACGAGAUUCGAGCCGGAGCGGUUCCUGACGGCGGAGUAUCGGGAUGUAGAUGUGAAGGGACAGAAUUUCGAGCUGUUCCCGUUUGGAAGCGGGAGGAGAGCUUGCCCUGGGACCAAUUUGGGGCUUCAGAUGGUGCAUUUGACGCUGGCGAGUUUUCUCCAUGCGUUUGAUUUCUCGACGGUUGGGGAUGAACCGGUGGAUAUGGCCGAGAGCUUUGGGCUUACGAACAUCAAGGCGACGCCGCUUUUGGUUGUGGCGAAGCCACGAGUGUCUCCAGAUGUUUAUGCGUAG